GUUCUCCUUAAUAUAAAGACACAGUAUAUAGCAAUGCCCAUAUGUCUUGUAGAUGCAUCUACAUUUCACACUUCAAUUGGUUUCCUCCCUACUUACAACCAACCCUCUAUCUCUAUAUUGAUUCUUCCACUUAGUGAUCCCAAGUGAAGAAAACUGUGUAGGAAUUCGAUUGCACAACAACGCGUUUCAACAUGGAAUCUUGGAGACCAAGAAGCCCGGAGACGAGUUCAAGCGAUGAAGAUCAAGUCAGAGAUGACGAUCAUGAUUCAGGUGCUACAACAGUGAAACGAAGCUACGAAUGCACAUUUUGCAAGAGGGGGUUUACCAACGCUCAAGCCUUGGGAGGUCACAUGAACAUCCACAGGAAAGACCGAGCCAAAGCGAAGCAACUCAUCUCAGGUACAUCAUCACUUAAUUCAAACCACUACUCGAAUGAGGAUCAAUACAUAUCCAUGAGUACUUCUCAUCAUCAUCAAUAUAGUAGUGCACCAAUUUCAAGCCAGGGGGCUUCUGGGUACUACCCAGUUUUGGAUCAGAUGAAUUACCAAAUGUAUUUUCAGCCAAAUGGGUCUAAACCUAGAAUCCCAUACGGAUAUGAUCAUGACGAUUCAUCAGUUGGGUCAAGGUCACAGUCUUUGGGUAUGAACCAAGAACUUUGCGGUGCAAAUUUAAGCUUGCGGUUGGAGGAUGAUGAAUUCAGAAGGGGUGUUAGGAGUAAUGAUGAAGUGGAUUUGGAACUUCGACUUGGAAAUGGUCGGUUUAUGUAACCUACCGAGGGAUAUAAGAGUAACAAGGAAUUCCUCCAGCAGUUUACCAACUAUUUUCUCUAGCACAAAAAGGUAUUUAAGAAUCUCAUUGUAAAUAUAAAUAUGUAUUUUCCUUAAGUUGUCUAGGUUACAUAAUUAUCUGUAGGUCUGUAUUUCAAAAACAAUGGAGGAGGUUGACAAUUUCCUUGGUAC